AGCAGAGCGGUUACGAGUUUCCGAGUGAUUGGCGCGUUGUAUGGUGGGGUUCCGGAGAACGGAGAUCCGUCGUUGAAGCAGCAGCCGCGAUCAGGAUUCCGGACGGUGAGGAGCGUAGUUGAUGCCGUGGAGGGAAAGGUUAUCGGGGCUUGAACACAGACAACUGCUGCCAUGUCCAUUGGAGUACCAAUUAAAGUUCUGCAUGAAGCAGAGGGCCAUAUUGUGACCUGUGAGACCAAUACAGGUGAAGUCUAUCGGGGGAAGCUCAUUGAGGCUGAGGACAAUAUGAACUGCCAGAUGUCCAACAUCACAGUGACCUACAGAGAUGGGCGUGUGGCACAGUUAGAGCAAGUGUACAUUCGAGGAAGCAAAAUCAGGUUUCUCAUCUUACCAGAUAUGUUGAAAAAUGCUCCAAUGUUGAAAAGCAUGAAGAACAAAAACCAAGGUUCUGGAGCUGGAAGAGGCAAAGCAGCUAUCCUCAAAGCCCAGGUGGCUGCAAGAGGAAGAGGCCGUGGAAUGGGGCGUGGCAACAUUUUCCAGAAGCGAAGAUAACUUUGGACUGUGUCUCUCCUUGGUGAACUAAAAACUGUUGGAAGUUAAUUGUAUUAUGUGACCCAAUAAAUGUUUCUUAGAAAAUG